AUGGCCUCCUCCGCUUCGUGCCAGAUUCCCACGCCAAAUGCAUUCGACGAUUCGGUGAUGCGAUACGUCGUCAAAAAAGAUCCCCUGAAAUGUAAAUUCGUCCAACCGGAAUUGACCUACGUAGACUACGAAGGGGUUCUUCGUCUGAAUCGAUCCGCCAUGGCCGCUCAUCGCAUAGACGAGAAUCUGCUGGAUUGCCGAUAUUCCACUUUCAGGAGGAAGCCCAACGACGACGAUCACGUCAUUUACGAUCCGAGAAAAGUCCUGAAUGCCUCCGAGAAAAUCAUAAACGGAAGAGAGUUUGUGGCCGUGACCUGUAGCUACAGAGACAAAGUCGUAUACAGGAAUUAUCACGCGUACAUUCCCAGAAAAUCAGGAAUUCGAUUGACUGACCAGAAGGGUAUUUUUAAACCUCAGGUGUUUGUAUUGGUAAUCGAAUCCAUGUCCAGACUUAAUAUGAUUCGUCAUAUGCCAAAGACUUAUUCCUACCUCAACGAUGUUAUGAAAGCCGAAGAAUUGAAAUCUUUACAGAAAUCGAAAAUCGGAUACAUCAGAACCUUGGCCAAACAUUUUAAUUCGUGUCGACAGUUUUUGAGUAAUCAACUAAAAGAAGAUGCUGAAAUAAAAGAAAAAUAUACAAAUUUGUAUAUUAAAUUUAGAAAUGCGGAAGGCCUGGAAGCCAAUGCAGUAUAUGCCGAAAUAUUCAAAAUGUAUAUUAAAAUAUUUGGAAAAACAAGAAAAGUGGCGAUUAUCAAUUCACCAGAUUUAAUAAAAUUCCUCACCAUGGGUUCCGACGACGAAUAUUUCGUAUCCGAUGACGUUCUUUCCACAAGUAAUGUGGUACUUAUGAUGAGAAAAGGAUUUCCGCAUAAAAAUAAAAUCGACAAAUUACUCAGAAGAUUGUUCGAAACUGGAGUCAAUAUUGAAUUCUCUGGCAAUACUUUUGUCGAAUCAAAACUAAAAUCGUCGAAUGAUUGGAGACCUUUGUCUCUACAAGACUUGUUUGGCCCAUUUACUGUGCUUAUUGUAGGUUACGACUUAUCAUUUUCUUGUUUCCUUGCCGAAUUCCUUGUCGGAAUGACUCUCAAUCGAAUUGCUCAGUUGAUAUAGCAAAUUAUCGAAUUUUUCUUUACCACAGUCAAAUGUAAAGAUCAGAGGUGUAGGGGAGACCGGGAGGAGAUGUAACAUUUUUAGAAAUAUUUGUUAAUAAGAUAUUAAGUAGAUUUUAAAAGUAGUCACCGAUAAGUUUGUACAUGUGCACUACUAGAAAAGUGUUAAUUCAGGAAACUAGUUAUAAACAUCAUCAUAAAAUUUACAUUUUGAAUUUAAUGUAAGCAAUGUCAUUGUACAGGGUGUUUUGUUUAAACUGAUGAUACUCGG